GUCUCGCUAGGAGGACAGGAUGGCCAACUCAGCGCUGGAGCUGCUGGGUCUUCUUGUGACCCUAAUUGGGCUGAUAGGUGCGGCGGCGAGCACCGGCAUGCCAAUGUGGAGAGUCACGGCCUUCAUCGGCGAGAACAUCAUCGUGUUUGAGACUCGCUACGAGGGUCUGUGGAUGAACUGCUUCAAGCAGGCCGACAUCAGGAUGCAGUGUAAGGUUUAUGACUCUCUCCUGGCCUUGCCACCCGACCUCCAGGCGGCGCGGGGCCUCAUGUGCUGCGCUCUGGCCUUAGGCGGCCUGGGCCUGCUCGUGAGCUUGUUGGGGCUGCAGUGCACGUCGUGCAUUCGGAACAACGACCGAGCCAAGCGGCUGGUGCUCAUCAUCGCCGGAGCCAUGAUCAUCAUGUCAUGCAUCUGCGUCCUGAUCCCCGUGUCCUGGACGGGUCACGUCAUCAUCCGGGACUUCUAUAACCCCCUACUGCUCGAUGCCCAGCGUAGAGAGCUGGGGGAGGCCCUCUACAUCGGCUGGGUGGCCGGCGCCUUCCUCUUCGCCGGAGGAUGCAUGUUUACUUGCUGCAAUUUACAGUCGGAGGACCGAGACCCUAGGAAGUACGUCUACUCAAGGGGCUCGGACUACAUGGCGUACCCGCCGACGCCCAUCCAGCCCCUGCAGCCUCAACAGCUGGUGCUGCUCCCACAAGCCCAGGCCCAGCCGGUCCUGUCCAGACAUCCAUCCACCAACUACAGCUACCAGUCCAGGUACCCUUCUGUGCGCAGUGGAGUGGCUUAUCUUUGAACACUGACUGAGGCAACGACUGGGACAUCCAUCUUUAAACAUACAUGUUUUAUUAAGUCCUAUAUGGGAGGUGUAUUUGCAGGGGUUGUGAGUGUCCAAUGAUGCUAGGUUAUGUCGUUUUUGAAGUUAUAGCUGGCUUAGAUUGUUUUCUAUGACACAACGCUACAGUCAGUUAUAAAUUUUGUAGUUUUUGCCGUAAACCGCACUACCGCAUAACAUACGCCAGCCAGAUACUGGAUGCAGGAGUUAGAUGGAAAACAAAGAUAGAUGUGAGUCAACACGACUACUGUUUGUUCAAGGUGCGGGCGCUUCUGUGUGUUUGCCAAGAGUGUAGUCUGCACAGCCACAAUCGGGCCUGACCACGUGACGACAAUUUGCAAGUGGCUUUGAAUAGAGAUACAAAAAGCUUUCAGUCCAACGCCUGUACGGUCCACUUCCACAGGUGGUUGACCCCACUUUCAGAUAUCUUAACUCUUAACUACUGAUUUGUAUAUUUUUUUAACUGUCAGUUCAUCCUUAACAAAACAUAAUUAUCAAGUUUCUAGAAUUUAAACAUUAAAACUAAAUUAGGGGGGGUGUCACAAGACAAUACACAAGAUUUUAAGUUCACUUUUAGGAAAGUACAAUGAGAAAAUAUAAAAAUAUAUGACAAUAUAUUCCAAUCUACUAAUAUAAUUUCUACCACGUUACACUAUUCUGCACUCCGUGUGUAUGCUAGCAGCCCCGCCUCCACCCAGUGAGGCAAAGAGACUGUAUGACUGACAAAAGGGCUCACUCCAUUCAUGCCGUUCGCCAAGGAGCUGAAACCAAUGCACAGACCUCUUCCUGCCUGUUUGGAGGCGGGAGACUAGCAAAACAUCCACACGUGCACCUGGCAAUAUAUUGAGGCCGGCAAAAUUAUCGAGUUCAUUUUCAUUUCUUGUGUGAUUCAUUAAUAUAUUUAUUAUCAUCCCAGGCCUAGUGCCCACGAGACAUUUUCUUUCGAACAAGAAAUCUUAUCACACUUUAAUCUUGCGAGAUGUUGUGACACCCCAAUAAAUUACAGUAGUCAUUUUUCCUUCUCUUUUUAGUGUUUGCCAUACAUUCUAUAGACCUGUAGACUCUGACAUGAAAGGACGUAUCGCUCUUCUCAAGGAGCAGCAGGUGCUGCUGUGGGCCCCUCCCCAAUCUAAAAGCACUCGCACUCUUGGUUGUGACCUUUAAAAAAACAACCAAAAAAAAGCGACAGAAGAAAGUUCUGUUGCAUUUUUAAACAUAUUUCCUUUUGUUUUGAAGGGUUUUUUUACUCACUUUUUCCAAAUGCUUUAUGGGUAAUUAUGCAAAUUAGACAAAUGUGAUUAUAUUAUCCCCACCGCUGCCAUAAAUAAAUUGCAGUCCUGUGAGAAACACUGAUUUUUUUUCCAAUGGAAGCUCACCAUUAUCAACCAUAUUUGUUCAUGUGAAAUAAAGUUAUGUCACCAUGUUUCAUAAAUGCCUGGUUGGAUUAGUAUUUGCAUACAUGCAGGUAUACACAAUAUAUAAGUACAGUAAUCGUUUAUAGCAGUUACUUGGUUCCAGACCCGACCAUGAUAAGUGAAUUUCCACAACGUCGGAUUCCUUAUUUAAAAAAAGAAUAUUUUUGUAGUUCAAGCAUAAUAAACCUGUUUAUGUCCCUUUAAAUACGGCUUUUAACAUUAUUGGAGCCCCCUAGACAUGAAAUAACACCCCUAUAGUAACUUUUACACUCCUAUUACCCAAUAUAGCACCCAAUAUGAGAAAAUAAAACAUAUAAG